CUUUAGCUUUAGAGGGUUUUCGAUUACUUAUCAGUAAGGGCUUCCGAUUACUUGUAAGGGCUUCCGAUUACUUAUAUCUAUUACUGAUUUGGGGAAAAAAUCCAAAAAUACACGCAUUAUUAAAAGAAAAUCCCAAAAUACAUACGUUAUAAAAAAUAUUCUCAAUCAACACAUGUUUGGGCUUCACCGCGGUUGUCAACCGCAGUGAAUAACAUCACCGCGACCGUCAACCGCGAUGAAUGCUUCACCGCCAAUGUCCGAAGCGGUGUCAAUCACCGCUGGUGUCCCAAACGGUGAUGGACUAAUUUGGGUAUUGGCCAAAAGUCCAUGGCUGGAGUUGCUGUUGCGUUGGCACUUGACUGAAAUGGAGGAAAAAAAUCCCAGUACUUUUGGGUGCUUGAUCGCCAUCGCACCCAGCGUCGACCACAACCGUGUCGGAUGCUUGAAAUCCUUCGCCGGCUCAGGCACCGCCGGCCCCGGAGAAACUCCAGCGCCCUCGACCGCACGUCCACACUCCGCCACGAUCUCCGAUGCUCCGUUGGUGGGAGGACCAGGAGGAGCAGUUCUUCUUCUUCUUGUUCUUAUUCCGGUUGCGGUUGGCGUGGUCGCCGCCGCCGCCGCAGCUUCAUGAUGUGUCGUCGAGCAGAGAUGUGGUGGUUCAUAAUCAACAACCCAGAACCACUAAUUAUAUACCUCUUGCCAAAACAAAACAGAGGUCCAUCAGCUGCAACCAUUGGAGUUUACAGCUCCCCCCUCCAAGAACUCGCCCCUACAACAGGGAACUCGAACCAGAACCAUAAGAAGAGGAAGCCACCCAAAUUAGGCCAUCACUGCUUGGGACACCGGCGGUGAAUGGACAGGGUGAUAUUCACCGUUUCGGACAGUGGCGGUGAAGUAUUCAUUGCGAUUGACCGCCGCGGUGAUGUUAUUCACUGCGGUUGACGACCGCGGUGAAGCCCAAACAUGUGUAGAUUGGGAAUAUUUUUUAUAACGUAUGUAUUUUGAAUUUUUUUUUUAAUAUCGUGUAUAUUUUUGGAUUUUUUUCCUGAUUUGGUGUAUCAAUACACUAGUGUCGACACA